CGAUGAGGCAAGCGUGCAAGCCCUGACUGUGAAGGACUAUCAGUUGGACAUUGUUCACCUUGGGAGACAUAGGGUAAGAGAUCAACGUGGAAGAGAACGAACCGAUGGCCUACUGCUUGGCUUUUCACCUCACUUGAGAUCACUUCUUGGAUCCUGCACAGGUUGAAACAAGGGGCGGGCCACAGCGCAAGGCUGAAGUGAUACGUUUGGAGUCAGAGAAGAAAAAGAAGAUGAAGGAGCCGCGAGGGCAAGACGAUCUCUGGGCAGCAUGACCGAUUUGAAUAUCAAUGAUGGGCCCUGGCCUCGCCAUCCGUCGCCAGGCGGGGGAGCGCACAUCGCGAGCUGGAUUGUAUGGACUGUAUGUGAAGGGGAAAAUAAGCGCCCGGCAACAUGCAGCACAUCAAAGUGAAGCCAGUGAUUGGGUGGUCGAGAGAUGGUCUUGGGUGUGAGUAGAGGACGACAGGGGUGAGGAGCACGAUGACUGGAUAUCGAGCAACACCACUAGAGCAGUUGGACUGGCUUAUCACAGUGGGGAAAGUCGCGAUACGCCGGGGCAAAGGCCAUGGAGGUUCCCGUGCUGUCACUCCAGAUGCACGGCCUGUCACCCGUGCAGCGAAUGAGGAGAGUCAAUCAGCCGGUCUGGCUUCUUCUUCCCGGCGCCAACUGUUGAUCGUCUCGGGGCCCAGCCAACCACAGAUGUUGCAGAACCGCCAGCCAUCAACGCCCGCGAGAGUCAACAGCAGGAUUUCUGCUGCAGGUUCCGAGUAGCUCUAAAAGAAGAAAAAGCCAUGAGGGGUUUAUCUACUAGUACCUGGCCUGAUCCAUACUUAGUCGCUGGGAGUGACAUCGGGGGAAGGGGAAGAAUGUGAGGAUUGAGAGAACCAAAUUGACGGGUUGGGA